GUAUUAACUGCGUUCUCUGACCAAUAGCACACAUUAAUACCAAUUUUAUUGCGACAUUAUCUACAAAAUGUCGACACAGAAAGCUGAAGACGAUUCAAUGGAAGAAGGGGAAAUCGAAGAUGGCGAGAUUGAAGAAGAAGGGACAGUAGCUGAAGUGAGACAGGUUACCUUUUGUGGUGUCUCUUCCAGAGGAAUGCAAGGCCAGCCUUCACAAGUGCAUACCUUUUCCGAAAGACGUCGACGAAAAUUUAACCCCAGUGACCAAAUUAGAGCUCCCAGAGGAGGAUAUUGGAUCGGCACAAAUAGACUGCGUGGCGUGGGCCAGAGAGCAUACGAACAUACGAGUCCCGGUGUUCGACUGCUGCGCGGUCGGGGAAAGGGACCAGGGCGAGGACAAGGAACUGGAACUGGACGUGGACGGGGCCGAUUUCAGUCUGGCAACAGAAACAUGAGGGGUCGAGGGGUGAAUAAGAGGGGAGCUUACAGAGGCUCAACGAAACCAUUACCUGUCCAAGACACAAACUAUCAACAGUACCCUUCCACGGACGAAGAGAUCAAUCGGGCAAUACAAGAGAACAAAAACACCUUUGAAGAACUGCUAAAGGAACACCGUGCAAUACAGGCUAAGUUGGAGGCAUUGAAUGCAGAGGAAGUAAGAACGAAAGCAAUCUUGCUAAAAAACCCAGUUGUAGACGUUGAUCAGAAGACGGAAGAGUUGAACAAGGAAACUGAAUUUAUUACAAAGGACUUACCAGUGGACAAAGCUGUGAAAGCUCAAAGGUCGCGAAGGAGGCGGUCAAGAUCAGGAUCUCAAGUUAAGGUGAAGGCUAAGACUUCCUCACCACCUGAAGCCAAACCAGAGACAAUUGAAGAUGAGGACGAUGAGAUGUCUGAAUUACAGCUGAGAUUGAUAGCACUGGCUUCUGCCACAAAGAAAGUCAUCAGCAAGGCGGAGGAGGAGGAAAUUGAAAGAAAAGAGUUAGAGGAAGAAAUUGGAGCAUCGGAAGAAAGCAAUGUGGAGGAAAAAGUGACUGAAGUGAUCUCUCCAACAAAGAAAGCUGAAAAAUCGAAACGUCUUUCCAGAAAAGAGAGAAGUAGGAGAUUACGCAAAAAAAUACACUCUCAUAAAAAACAUGAAGUUGAGAAGAAAAGAAAGGAAGCUGCUGAAAUACGGAAUCUGGAGAAUGAAGACGAACAGUUUAGUAGAUUUCUCAAGUUUGUAGGCAAGGAUGAAAACGAGAUCGAGAGUCGAAGAGAAGCAGGCAAGAUACGAACUUUAGGUGAUGAACACGAACAAUAUAAAAGGUUUAUGAAGUUUGUGAAAAGAGAGAAAAGGAUGAGGAAAAGGUCUUCAUCAUUUCAUGAGAGAGAAAACAGUGAAGGUACACCAUUGAGAGAUGAGCAGUCAUCGUUAGUGCCGUUUACUGACAAUAAUACCGAAUUUAGUUAUGAUAUGGACAACUAUGAAGAAGUGGAAAUGGACGUGGACAGCUCUGAAAACUCAUCAUUGGUGUCACCAUCACCUGUUUCGUUUCUUGCUGUAAAGGACUCAACAAGUUCUCAGUCACUGAUAGAUGCUGCAGGAGAGAAACUGGAUGCUGGUAAUCAUAGCAACGAGGAAAAGGUGGCUGAUGAUGAUGAAGAUGUACUAGCACUAAGAGAACAGUUACUGAAAUCCAUGGCAACCAAAAGAGCUUCUACUGUUCCUGAUAAUACCAAGGCUAGUAAAGGUCAGUCUCAGCCACAGCUUAUGCAGCCACUGAAAACGCCAGAUGCUGUCAACCGACUCAGUGCCGACCAGAAAGAAGAGUACCGAAGAUUGAAGCAAGAGAUAGUAAAACGUGAAUUACUUCGUAAAGUAGAUGCUGGAAAAUCAAGUGCUUCCCCAUCACCUUGUGUUUCUGAUUUAGAAACACAAGAGGAGACGGUUGCUAAGAAACCUAGUCUAACUGAAGAGCAGAAAGAGUUGUUGAAAAAGGCGGAAGGGUUUGAGUCUAAACUCUUAAUCUGCAGGAAAUUACUGCAGAGGGACAAAGGUAUGCUGUCAGUGCUAGAAACACAGAAAACGAAAAAACAGGCUGUAGUUAAGGCAGCUGAGCUGAAAGUGCAGAAACUGAAAGAACAAUUGCAAGCUGCUAUGAAGCUCUUACUUACCAGUAGGUUGGAAUUAAAGAAAGUUGAAAACAAUGUAAGUCACAAA